CCCCCACUGACCUGUCUAGGCCAAGCUACGUAUAUCUUGGGUGAAGAAUUCCAGAUGUUCAUUAAGCAACAGUUGUUUCUUUUUCUGGCUCGAACCCGCUGCCCAAGUUCUAGUGUAAGGAGGCAAACCGGCUGCCCUCUUCCUCUUUAUGACGUUCAUAACACUCCUCUUGUAUGGAGCGCAGCUCUUCCACCCCUCCCUCUUAUUUCCUUUGCCCUCCACAACCCCGGAGUUUCUUUUCUGAGGAGUCACCACCAGAUCAGACCCUGCCACCACCCUCUGGAAUUGUACUUUCCUGUCUGAGCAUCGUUGCCUUGACCCACUCUGGACCUUAAUUCCUUCCCUUGGGGCGGAAAAGGAGUCUAGGUGGAAAAAACCUCCCCGUAUAACAUCAUGGCUCCCACGCUAGCCACUGCCCACCGGCGCCGCUGGUGGAUGGCCUGCACGGCCGUGGUGGAAAACCUCUUCUUCUCUGCUGUCCUCUUGGGCUGGGGGUCUCUCCUCCUCAUGCUCCAGUCGGAGGGCUUCUACUCCUACCUGUGUCAUCCCCCAGAGAAUGUGACCAUCCCAGCCAACGCCAGCCUUUCCGCAGGCAACCUAACGCAGGUGCCGGAGGAGCCGACGCGCAUGAACGGCUGGCUGACCUGCAAGGAGCAGGAUGAGAUGCUGAACUUGGCCUUUACUGUUGGCUCCUUCCUGCUGAGCGCCAUCACUUUGCCUCUGGGCAUCAUCAUGGACAAAUACGGACCCCGCAAGCUGCGGUUGCUGGGCAGUGCCUCUUUUGCCGUGUCCUGUGUGAUGAUCGCUUAUGGAGCCAGCAACCCUGACUCUCUGUCCGUGCUGAUCUUCUUUGCUCUGUCAUUGAACGGCUUGGGAGGGAUGUGCAUGACCUUCACAUCGCUCCCGCUGCCCAACAUGUUUGGCGACCUUCGCUCCACCUUCAUUGCCCUCAUGAUUGGCUCUUACGCCUCUUCGGCUGUUACUUUCCCUGGAAUCAAGGUGAUCUAUGAUUUCGGGGUCUCUUUUAUCCUCAUCCUGCUGGUCUGGUCCUGUUGUGCGGGGCUCGUCUUCUUCAACUGCUUCUUCAAUUGGCCGCUCGAACCUUUCCCGGGCCCAGAAGACAUGGACUACACGGUGAAGAUUAAGUUCAGCUGGCUGGGGUUUGACCACAAGAUCACCGGGAAGCAGUUCUACAAGCAAGUGACGACCGUGGGCCGUCGCCUCAGCGUGGGAGGCUCCAUGAAGGGACAGAAGGAGAUGGCAGCCCUGCAGGGCAGCAACAAGCUGUGCCUCUCCACGGUGGACUUGGAAGUGAAGUGCCAGCCGGACGUGGCAGCCUCUCCCUCUUUUAUGCACAGCGUCUUCAGUCCCAUCCUGCUCCUCAGCCUGGCCACCAUGUGCAUCACCCAGCUGCGGCUCAUCUUCUACAUGGGAGCCAUGAACAACAUCCUGCAGUUCCUGGUAGGGGGAAACGACCUGGAGGCAGUCAAUCUCUACACCUCCAUCUUCGGGGUCCUGCAACUGCUUUGCCUGCUGACGGCUCCUAUGAUAGGCGGCAUCAUGGACUGGAAGAUGAAAGAAUGUGUGGACAGCUCAGAAGAGGCAGAGACCAAGGACUCAAGUCCGGGCGAUAAGAAGCAGAAGAAACCUCGCGACCGGCAGAUCCAGAAGAUAGCCAAUGCCACGAGGGCCUUCGCUUUUACCAACUUCUUGCUGGUAGCAUUUGGGGUCACCUGCCUGAUCCCCAACCUGCCUUUACAAGUCCUUUCCUUCAUCCUGCACACGAUCGUCAGAGGGUUCAUCCAUUCGGCAGUGGGCGGCCUCUACGCAGCUGUGUAUCCCUCCACGCAGUUUGGCAGCUUAACGGGACUACAGUCUCUGAUCAGCGCCCUCUUUGCUCUCCUCCAGCAGCCCCUAUUCCUGGUGAUGAUGGGACCCUUGGAAGGAGACCCACACUGGGUCAACAUGGGCCUGCUGGGGCUGAGCAUGCUCGGCUUCUGCUUGCCGAUCUACCUGAUCUGCUACAGGCGGAGGCUGGAACGGGAGAAGCAGCAGCAGAUGGACGAUGCCAAACUCUUCCUGAAAAGCAACUCGGAGGCCUUUGUGUAGAGGGCUGCAUUGCCAGCGGCUGGGACCAUUCUGCCAGGGGGCUGCCUUCCGGUCUCCCUUGGCCCUCUCUGUCUGUCUCGUCUUCGACACUCCACCGUCUCCACAGAGGGCCGAGGCUGUGCACCUCUCCUCUGAACUGCAUGGCUCAGACUCUCUUUCGUAAAAGCCACCCAAGGGGGCAGGCGCCUCCGGCUUUCUUUCCCUGGCAUCUGGCGGAAGCCCCGGGGCAGGGGUGGCAGCAGGCAUUAGGGAGGGCACUGGCCCCUUUUGCUGUUUGCCCCUCACCAAAUGCCCCCGCCCUUCUGGCCAAGUCACAUGACUACAGGUAGGCCUUGUGUGGCCUUCGCUCUCUCCCCCUGCCACCUCCACAUCUCAGAGCUUGGCUUCCAGUGGGACGGGAGGGACACUCUGUCCCUCCCCACCCCAGCUGGGCCCUUUAGGAGGCCUGAAGAGGCUGUCCCUUCUCGUUGUCUGCAUAACCCUCUCUUUCAGCUCAGCGUUAAAGCCAAUCCAAGAUGGAGGGCAAUCCAAGAUGGCGGCCGAGGGACUUCUGCCCUGAGGCAGUGAGGAAGAUGGCUAAACUGUGCCGAAAGCAAAGUCACGCCCUUGCUCACCGCCUCCCCUGACCCAGUUUGCUGCCUGAAAGAAACCCUGCCCGAUGCCUCUGACUGGUGGCCCUUUUCCUCAUUUGGGCCCAGGCAGAGCAACAGUUUGGGGGUUACCGGGGAGGGCAGUUGCGUGCCCCCCUCCAUUUUCUAGGUGCUGAUUUCUGUAGCAUUUCUGCUGUGUGCAUGUUCCACCACAUGGAUUUUCGGCUAGGAAAGAAAAGCGGGACAGAGAGAAAGAGACCCGGGUUGGAAACCCCGGCUGGACUUGUCUGUGUUGAAGCAGCCGUGGCUCGUACGCACGGUCACCCUGCUGGGGCGUGCUCCUGCCAGAGCGGCCGCGGCUGGGUGUAGAACUGGCACCGACCGGAGACUCGCCGGGGAGCGGCGCUGCUACCUUCUGGGCAUGUGGACACGUUUCUCUGUACGGAGCGGCUGGCGACUACCUUUUGAAAAGCAAUAAAUUGGCUGUUGGGGGGGCUGUGGUCCUUCCAGGGGCGGGGGCACA